UAUUCAGUUUAGAUCCACCCACGCUUAACGCAGCGCACGGCCGGGGACUGCCCGCCUCCCCGCUCGCCCUCUCACGCCUGCAGGAGCGUGCGCGUGCGCUGCGCCCUGCGCCGAGCGUGGAUGUUACCUGAACAUAGCUUAGGAGAGUGGGGUGAGAGGCGGGAAUACCCCCUCACUGCCCCUUACGAGCUAAGAGUAUCGUUGUUGUUGUAUCUAUCUUGACUCCGACAGACCGGUGUUCAAGCCACAUUUGACUGAUUUGACAUCCGUCUUGAUCUCCGUGAAGUAUUGAGGCUUCGACCUCUUUUCUAGUGCGUGUGUGCCAAAGACUACUCAUCACUAAAACACAUCUGGAAGAUAAAGUGAAGGUUAGGAAGCCAUCACCUGUUCUUCCUAUUUUAAAGGCGCUAUUCCGAGGUUUUCUGGGCGCGCUAGAGGACAUUUAUCUCCCCCGGAGCCCCUCUUCUUGCCGAGGCUGCUGCCUUCACUUCAACUUCAACGCCAGCACACUGAAAUUUACAUGCGAGUCCGUGGCGCAGUCACACAUGUCACACGGUUUUUGCCGGUUACCUCUCCAGACGGUGGUUGUUCCGGCUGACACCUCUAGAUUGCCAUUCUGUGGAGCGUUGAAAAUUGCCUCUCUGUAAGGAACCAUCAAUUUGGCAGGGUAGAGGAUCAUAUUCAGAGUGACUGCCUGCUUAUUUCAGGUGCCCUAAUCUGUCUGUUGCGAUGCAAUUUCAAAGUGAUAAUAACGAGAAACAUGAAAGCACGCUACUAAACGAUGAGGCUAAGCCUCAUGAAUGCACGGUGUGCCACAAAAACUUCUAUCGUGUCGGUAGUCUGAAAAAUCACCUCCGAACUCAUACUGGAGAAAAACCAUAUUAUGAUUGCUCAGUGUGCCGAAAGACAUUUGCUACUUCCAGUUCGCUGACAGUUCACCUUCGAGCACAUACAAGAGAGAAGCCAUAUGGAUGUCCUGUCUGCAAAAGGAAAUUUUCUCAAAGCAGCAGUGUAACAGUUCACCUUCGAGUUCACACGGGAGAGAAACCAUUUGAGUGCGCUGUGUGCUACAAAAAGUUUCUGACAAAUCCUGCUCUGACAACCCAUAUGCGAACUCAUACAGGGGAAAAGCCAUACCAAUGCUCUGUUUGUCUGCAAUCAUUUUCUCAAGGUAGCUCUUUAAAAAAGCAUUUUCGAACUCAUACAGGAGAGAAACCGUUUAAUUGCACAGUGUGUCACCGAAAUUUCGCAGAAUGUGGGACUCUGAAAAUGCACUUACGCACUCACACUGGAGAAAAACCGUACAAGUGCUCUAUUUGCGACAAAACGUUCAGUGUUAACUCUGCUCUGCGGUGGCACCUUCGCACUCAUACGGGGGAAAUGCCACAUGAGUGCAUUGUAUGUUCGAAGAAAUUUUUCACAUCCGGUCAUCUGAAGAUGCAUUUACGAAUUCACACUGGGGAAAAACCGUUUAAUUGCCCACUGUGCCCGAAAAAAUUCCCUCGGCCUCAUCAUCUAGAGAACCAUCUCCGUACUCAUACGGGGGAAAAGCCAUUUGAGUGCAAUGUGUGCCAUAUGAAGUUUACUCAGGAUGGCAAUAUGAAGUUGCACAUUCGCCGAAUGCAUGCAAAUGUAUAGACCAAAGAGUGCACCAGGUGUUCCAAGAAGUCUGUUCAGUUAAAGUUCGCUCAGCGAGGCGAGACCAAGACGUAAUUAAUUGCCUUUAUCGUUUUGAAAAAUGUUCUACAUUAAUGUUUGCUUGUCCGAAAUAAGUGAUGAAGUUGUUCGUGCCUUAACUAGAAGUACCAGUUGUUUAUGAAAUUGCUAAGACUCUCUAAUACUAUGUAAACUGACUAAUGUCGGUGCGCAUGUCAUGUUCUUCGCUUGGUGCAACACUUAUAAAACUUUUUUUGUC